UGUCCUUCAGUGUGUUAGAGCCGCUGUGCUGUACUCAGCUCUCCAAGCAUGCUGCAAUAGUGACAGUCUUUCUCCAUUCAACAGCACUGUACGCUCCUAGAGAAAAGUGCCUUCUAAGGGAAGCAGGAUGUUCACAGGCUCCACCAAACUCCCACCCACUAAAACCCCGCAGCCUGAGCGGCUGGAUGAAGUGUACGCUGCCCUGCGCAGAGGUUUACAGUCAUAUCUGCAGGUCCACCAGCUGGAGCUGGACAGUCUGGGUCAGCAGAUCAGAGAAAACAAGAGGAAUGGUCGUUUGGGCUCCCUGUAUGAGCUGGAUAAGCAAGUGAAAGCCAUAGAGAGGUUCAUGCGCCGCUUGGAGUUCCACCUCAGCAAGGUGGAGGAGCUGUAUGAUGCGUAUUGUAUACAGCGGCGGCUGCGUGAUGGAGCAAGUAAGAUGGUGGCAGCCUUCAACUCCACCACGGGGAGCAGGGAGGCACGGGAGAGCCUGAGCGAGGCCAAUAAGGGCUACAGGGAAUGCACAGAGCACAUGUGUUCACUUGAAAGUGAACUGGAGAGCCAGAUGGGAGAGUUUCACAUUAAGAUGAAGGGUCUUGCUGGCUUCGCACGGCUCUGUGCUGGUGACCAGUAUGAGGUCCUAAUGCGCUACGGCCGGCAACGCUGGAGGCUGCGAGGCCGUGUGGAGGUCAGCAGCAAGCAGAUAUGGGACAGUGAGGAGUACAUCUUCCUGCCUCUCAUCACAGAACUGCUGUCUAUCAAGGUAACAGAGCUGAAGAGCCUGGCCAAUCACGUGGUGGUGGGGAGCGUGUCCUGCGAGAUGCUCGACUUGUUCUGCCCGCUUCCCCAGACGCUCGCUGUGGACAUCAACGACCUCGGGACAGUCAAACUGAACCUGGAGGUCACCUGGAGCCCAUUUGAUAAGGAUGACCAGACAUCGACCACCAGUACUGUCUCCAAACGGCUGUUAUCCAAUCAGAGUCCGCCUGAUACGCCCUCUAUGCGGGAGCAGGUGUUCUAUUCUCUGCUGAAGAGACAGGGAGAGCUGGAGAACGGGACCGUCUGGUCCAACUCCUCUGAGUCCUCUGACGACUCGUCCAGUCCAGCCUUGGCUCACCACACCCAGAGGCUGACGGCCUCCAACACGCUACAGACCACGCCCACCGCUCAGCUGUCCUUCACCCCUCACCAGCCUAGCACCUCCACGCCGUCGCUCUCAUCCAAUCAAGAGGAGGACGAGCCAGACGCCGCUGAGGCUUUCGGCCCCAUAGACUCUGGGAAGUUUCCGGUGCCCAACGGCCAUCUGCAGAGCGCGAGCUCUGACAGCCACAUCGGCGACGUUAGCCAAGAUUGUACUGUGACUGAUGCGGCGUCGGCCCGAUCAGCUGACCUCUCUGAGACCUCAGACAACCUGAGCUGCUCGGACCUUGACGUCUCCUCUCAGCGUCCUGUGAUGCUGGCAGGGAGGCCACAGGGCUUGGAUCUGCCUGACAGCGGUGAGCCAGAGGUGUGUGUGUCUGCCCAGGAGGGAAAUGAUGAUAGACCCAAAGAGUCAGCGCUAAAGGCUGAGCCGUGUGAAGCAGCACCAGAGGACAGCACCACUGAGACGGGAGCAGACGGAGAGGCAGCGAGGGACCAAGGCUGCCCAGAGGAACACAGUCAUCCACACCACUCCACUCCAGUAAAACAUCCAGAAGAUUCUCAGAUUGCUUAUCUGCCGAGUUCCUCUAGUUUCAGUCUGGAAGUUGAGACCGCCCUUGAGAGUUUUGACUUUCUCAAUUGUUCUGACCUCGAGGACGAAGAAGAUGAAAGUGAGGAUGAGGAGGAAGAGGAGGAACAAAAGGAAGAAGAGGUGGAAGAGAAGGACGGAGAGGAGGAGAAGGACCAAUGCCAAAUGGAGGAAGAGCAUACAGAGGAGGAAGAACAGGAUAAGAACAUAUACACUGGAGAGAGCAGUGAUGAGGAGGAGGUGGAGGGUCUAGAGAUCCUCAUGGAGGCUCCAGAGGGAUUCAGGAACUCAGAUGAAGACUGUUACUCCCAUUCAGAGUCAUCAAGCGUGGAGAACCUGCAGGAUUUGGGUCAGAUGGAAAUGCCUGAGGAGGUGGAGGACGUGGACGGGGAGGAAGAGGAAGUAGACGAGGAGGAGCAAAGCGAAGCAAAGGGAGAUGAACGACAUGAACAGGAGACAUCCGCUGAACAGGAGGAGCGACCCUCCACCCCCAGCCAUUUGGCCACAACUGCCUUGUAAUGACAAAGCACAGCCAAAUCAUUUCCCCAGUGCACAUCUGCUCAUACAGUCUCCCAUUUACACUGCGAGGCCUCAAGGAUGUUCCACUCCCAGCUCAGACAAGCAAGCUCUGCCGUCACGGUGGAGAUUGUGCGCACAUAAAUGUACUCGCCUCGUCCUGACCAAGAAUGAUAAACCACGGGGGCCUCCGCGCCGCAGUCCCUCCUCUCUAAAGUACACAUCCUCAUGCCUCCAAACUUUACGAUGUAGCCCGGGUUAAAGGGGAAUACCACUCAAAUUAUAAUUCAAACUGUCGCUGUCAGGUGAAAACCUUGCAUUUCCAAAAUAUCAGUAUUUUAGCAACUAAAAAGCUGUCUUGUUUUUAGCAUGACAGUGCAUUUCUGUGGUCGUCCCACGGGCUUUGAAGGGGUUUCAUAAUAAGCCCUGGAGGUUGGGAGCAUGUAAUCCUUCAGUUGCAAUGAAAAGCAUGAAAGACACCAUAAUUGGAGUUAUAAGGUUUUCACCAGACAGCAAUCAAACGUUAAGGCUGCAUGGGGUUACAGCCCAGGAUAGUCCAUUUGUGGACAUGAAUGACUCUCAAGCCUCAGUAUAAUACAAAAUAUUGAGGAUAGUGAUUUGCAGUGUCACAGCCUGGAGCUGCGUUGUUGACAGCAGCUGGGAAACUAAACUUCAGACAAAACACGUGAUGUUCUUCUGACGUUCUAUUCUUCAAAUGAAUACAAUCACCUCCAAAUCACCAAGAAAAUCAGUUUUAGAGGUUAUUACCACAGGGGACAGGAAAAACAUUUCAUUGGUGAAAUUCAGAGGCGUUAGACCUUGUAAGCCACUUCAGGGGUUGUGUCGAGUAAAUUAGUAAAGGAUAUAUACACUUAGACUCUUGAAGGCUAGGACUGCCUAAUAAUCUCUGCUGAAAAUCUCUUUGCAUCUUUCCAUCAGGCAAAAAAAUAAAAUAAAAAAUACAUUGUGGUCCAAUGUUUACAAACAUAAAACAAUUUGCAAUUUCAAACUAUAUUUAAACC